GCCUUUUGUGCCUUGAUCAACGUGCUCGACGCUGCAUUACUCGUCCCGACGCCCUGCGUUCUGUCAAAUUGGGCACCCGAUAGCAUUUAUGAACGUUCUUAGCGUCAAUGGACCUCCGAGGAUCCCGCUCGCUCCUUCGACUCCGAGCCACACUCCAACAUGUCCAAGACUGACUCGGGCGAUAACCUGGCGAGCGAAAAGUCUGGUCCCGCAAAGGCGGCCAGCACUGGCACGCGCCGCCCUCUUAUCAUUGGAGCUGCUGUAGCGACAACCGUCGUCGUCCUCGCGCUCGCUCUCGGACUAGGGCUUGGUCUCGGAUCGAAGCACCACCACUCCUCUUCGAACUCUUCCUCGGCCAAUGGCACGGGAAGCCUGGCGGUAGUCACUUCCCCCGACUCGAGCGCGGCCUUCUUGUCUGCGACAUUGCUCAACGAUCCCCCGACAACGCGCACGUACGACUUCGUGGUAGAAGAGCGCACGGGUUUCCCGGAUGGUGUAGAAAAGCGCAUGCUCGUUGUGAACGGCCAGUUUCCCGGGCCGACCAUCGAGGUGAACACCGGCGACCGCGUCGUGGUCAAUGUGACGAAUAAGAUGUCUAAUGCCACGACUAUCCACUGGCAUGGCCUAUUCCAGCGAGGCACAAACUUCUACGAUGGGACCGACGCAAUUACCCAGUGCGGUAUCCCGCCCGGUCAAUCCAUGGUCUAUAACUUCACCCUUGACGGCUACGUGGGCAGUACCUGGUGGCACGCUCACUACAUGACGCAGUACACUGACGGGAUCGUCGGCGCGUUCGUCGUCCACGCAAAGAACGAGUCCGUUCCCUCUUACGACGGCGACCUCGUCAUCCAAAUGUCCGACCUCUACCACGGCUGGUCCCCUGACCUCCUCGCGUUCUACUUCACCCCAGGAGGCAUCGACGGCACCCCCGGCAACGAGCCCGUCCCCGACGGGGGCACAAUCAACGGCAUCGGGCAGUACGGCGCCUCUGCCAGCACCCCGAACGCGUCUUUCUGGAACGCGACCCUCGAGCCGAACAAGACGUACCGUCUGCGGCUGGUGAACACGGGCUCGUUCGUCGCGAUGCAGUUCGCGGUCGACAACCACACGCUGACGGUCAUAGAGGCGGACGGGACCGCCGUGACGCCGUUCGAGGUGUCGAGCGUGUCCGUCGCGAUUGCGCAGAGGUAUAGCGUGCUGCUGAGGACGAACCAGACUGCCGGCGCGUACUGGGUCCGGGCUGAUUUGGAUCAAACUGCGUUCACGUACAACAACCCGGGCGCGCAGACGGAGGUCCGCGGGGUUAUCCGCUAUGGGGUCGCGAACGACACCAUGCCCGACUUCUCCCUUCUGGACAAUCCGCCAGCCCUCCCGGAUGGCUCGCCUUCCGAAUUGGACACCAGCGACCUUGCUCCCGUCGGUGGUGGUCCCGCGCCCGAUGCUACCUUCCAAGUGUACUUCACAAUCUCCAUGCAGUACGCGAACACCGGGUCCGACUACCUCUCGAAGUUCCUCGCCUUCAUAAACAGUACCUCCUGGCAGCCACUCCAAGGCACUGCGAGUCUCUUCUCGCACCUGGGCAACGUGACGACAGACGGCUCCGCGACCUUCGCGGACUCGCAGCUGAUCACGACGGUCGACGAGCAGCAUGUCGUCCAGAUGGUGAUUGACAAUCUAGACGACGGCGACCACCCGUUCCACCUCCAUGGCCAGAAGUUCUGGAUCGUCGGCCAGGGUGACGGGCGCUUCCAGGGCCAGACGAUCAACAACACGCUGCCUAUGCUGCGCGAUACGCUGGUCAUCCCCGCGUACACGCACGCCGUCCUGCGGUUCACCGGCGACAACCCGGGCUUCUGGGCCUUCCACUGUCACAUCCAGUGGCAUAUGUCGGCUGGUCUGCUCUUCCAGCUCAACGUGCUCCCCUCGGAGAGCGCCAAGUUCGACAUCCCGCAGUACAUGAUCGACCAGUGCAAGUCGUCAUCAUGAGCCCUGGCUCCGCAAAAAAGGGAGUAUGAUCUGAUGUCGGUGUGCGUGCAGCUCGUUGUCAGUGGUGCAUGAUAUCCCUGGGGCUCUGGUGCCGUUGUGCCGUCGUGAUGUAUAUUGGAGCUUCAUCGUCCAUCCCAAAUCGAAAAUUUUG